AUUUGCAGCUACAUUGACGUUUUUUUGGCUCCAUCUUGCCGUCGUUUAGUGUAAGUGCGGGCAACAUGGCGUCCCCCGUAAGGAUGUUCCUUUUCUCCGCGUUCAGACACUCCUGCCGGCGGUUGAGCACGACGCGGGGAGCUCAAGGGGGAGAAAAGUGGAGGAAAGAGCAUGGACUUGCACGCAGUGGCAGCGAAUAUGGACCCCUAACAGAUCUCCCCGAUUGGUCUUUCGCAGAUGGCAGGCCAGCACCACCAAUGAAGGGCUUUUUGAGAAGAAGGCGGGAGAGGGAAGAAUUGGCAAGGCGCAUCGUUAUGCUCGACUCAGAGAUCGACAGAGGCAUUGAGUCGUGGCGACAAAGGCAGGAAGAAGCUCGAAGAAUCGAGGAGCACCAAAAGUCUCUGCUGCUCAAACCAAAAGGGAAGCUAUUCAGGAAAAAGAAGGAGCCUGACAGUUAGAAACAGCCUGGUAAAUAAAUCCCCUUCCCUAUUUUGUCAUUGUGAAACGUCAAGUUCCGUGUGGCAUUUUCAUACAAUAAAUGAUGUCGACUGAUUUGG